GCUCCUCAUGGACCUCCUCAACAUGCAGCUGGGCACCAGCAACCUGUUCAGCUCAGUGGUGACGCUGCUCAGUAAACAUGCAGAAUGGCUGACCGCGAAGGUCAAGUUCUUUGUCCCCCAUGUGGACCUGGGCCCCAGGAACGAGAGCCCAGACCCUGCCCAGCACAUCGUCCGGCAGCUCAGCAGGCUCUCCGCCCAAGGCCUGGACACAUGGCAGGCGUUCGUCCACUGUGUGUGCAUGGAACUGGAUGUGCCGCUGGAGCUGGAGAUGUCGCUGCUGAGCACCUGGGGACAAGAAGACGACCAGAGAGGGCUCCCGCACCAUCGUGGAUCUGACGAGGAAAGCUGCCCUGAAUCUCAGCCCCGCCAUGGCCUCAAGCGCCCAUAUCACAGUUGUGAGUCCUCGCCCCACAGGAAGAAGCAGUACAAGGAACAGCAGCUGGAGUCUGCCAGGCCGUACCUGCGGCUCCUGCGGACCUCCACCCAGCAGCGCUAUGACAAUGAGCACCCCAGGCCGGGACAGCCCCGCUCCUUCCACGUGGCCCCAAUCCUACAACGGAGCCGGGUCCCAGCACCUUUAGAUACUCAGGAGCAGGCCAUCAUGGGGGACCUCGAGGCAGAAGAUGGCAUCCGGGACCUCUUCCACCCCAGCUCGGGGAAGGGCCGAAGAGUCACAGUGGUCCUGGGGAAGGCAGGCAUGGGCAAGACCACACUGUCGCACUGGCUCUGCCGGAAGUGGGCUGGCGGGCAGCUGGAGCGCUUCGAGGCCCUGUUCCUCUUCGAAUUCCGCCAGCUCAACCAGAUCUCGGGGCCCUUAACGCUGCUGCAGCUCCUCUUUGAUCUCGGCCCCAGGCCCGAGUCGGGGGCCGACAGCGUCUUCAGGUACCUACAGGAGCAUGCAUCCCGCGUCCUGCUCAUCUUCGACGGGCUGGACGAGGCCCUCUGGACCUGUCCCCCCAGGAAGACGGAAGACCCCAACGCUCCCCUCCCCGCCUUCGCCCUCUUCUCCGGCCUCUGCAAUGGGACCCUUCUCCCUGGCUGCUGGGUGCUGGCCACCUCCCGUCCUGGAAAGCUGCCCGAGUGUCUACCCGUGGAGGCGGCCAUGGUGCAUAUGUGGGGCUUUGAUAGGCCCAGGGUGGAGGAGUACGUGGGCCGCUUCUUCCAGGGCCAGUCGCUGCUGCAGGCAGCAGCCCUGGCGGAGGUGCGGGCAGAUGGGCGCCUCUGGAGUAUGUGUGCAGUCCCUGCCCUGUGCCAGGUGGCCUGCAAAUGCCUCCACCACCUGCUGCUGGAUGCGCCCCCGGGCCAGGCUGCCACCCUCCUCCCCACCGUCACCCAGCUCUUUGUACAGAGGGUGCGCACCCUCAGCCCCAAGUUCCUCCUGGACCUCAGUGACGUGGCCCUGCAGGGCCUGCGGGCUGGGAAGGUUGUCUUCUCGGCAGGAGAUAUUCCUCCUGCCAUGCUGGCCUUUGGGGCGACCCACAGCCUGCUGACUUCCUUCAGUGUCCGCACAGGCCCUGGGCGCCACCAGACGGGCUAUGCUUUCGCCCACCUCAGUCUGCAGGAGUUCCUCGCAGCCCUGCAGCUGAUGGUCAGCCCCCGGGUGGACACAGACUCGCUCUCUGGCUACAUCACCCUCCAUUCCCACUGGACUCUUCGGACCAAUGCCAGCUUGGGUCUCCUGGACCACCUGCCCACGUUCCUGGUGGGGCUGGCAUCCUCUGCGUGCCGGCCCUUCCUCAUCAGCCUGGUGCAGCAGGGCAGCGAGGCUGUGGCGGCCAAGCAGACCGCUGUUGUGCAGACGCUGAUGAAGCUGACCACCCGCAGGCUCAGGGCCCCAAAGUUUAUGCAGCUGUGUCACUGUGUGGGCGAGACCCAGGAGCCAGAGCUGGCCCGACUCGUUGCCCAAAACCUCCCCUGCCCACUGUCCUUCCACAAUCUCCCGCUGACCUACACUGACCUGGCCGCCUUGGCCAACAUCUUGAGCUACAGGGCUGCCCCCAUCCACCUGGACUUUGAAGGCUGCCCCCUGGAGCCCCACUGCCCAGAGGCCCUGGUGGGCUGUGAGCAGGUAGAGCAUCUCAGCUUUCAGAGCAGAAAGUGUGGGGAUGCCUUUGCCGAAGCGCUGUCCAGGAGCCUGCCAAAGAUGAAGGGUCUGAGGAAGUUGGGGUUCACCGGAAGUAGGAUCACUCCCAAAGGCCUCAGCCACCUGCUGGAGGCUCUGGCCCUCUGUCCACAGCUGGAAGAGCUCAGUUUGCAGAACAACCAGCUCAAGGACCGGGAGGUGCUGGACGUCAUGCGGCUGCUCCCUGGGCUGCCCAGGCUCCAGAGGCUCGACCUGAGCCGCAAUACCGUCUCUGAGUCCGGCCUCCUCAGCUUGAUCAAGGUGGUGGUCAUGUGUCCAGCCAUCAGGAUGCUGCAGGCCGGGCAAGAGGAGCUCAUCCUCCGGUUCUCCCCAUCCCCGGAGACAACUUCAGAGCUGCACGGAGCCCCGGACCCACAAGGAAAUGCCAACCUGAAGGAAGAAGCACUGACCAGAAGCUGGACCCUCAGAGGAGAAAGCCGGGGAUCAGACCGGUUAAGUGCCUUGUCCAACGUACUUAAAUAUGAAGAGAUGGAGCUAAGGUUCUCACCCAGACUCCCCCAGCGUCAGCUCCGGGUCCACCACAUGGAGACACUCUCCACCCUGCUUCGGGGUGGCCCCUGCCUGGAGGAAGUGGACCUCUCAGGGAACCAGUUAGAAGAUGAAGGCUGCCGACUGAUGGUCGAGGCUGCGUCUCAGCUGCACAUCGCCAGGAAGCUGGACCUCAGUGACAACGGGCUCUCCUUGCACGGGGUGCACAGUGUGCUGAGGGAGCUGCGCAGCUGCUGGACCCUGGCAGAUCUGCACAUCAGCCUGCUGCACAAAACGGCUGUGCUGACAUUUGCUCAAGAUCCGGAGGAGGAGGAGGAAGAGGAGGCGGGCACCCAGCACAGGGUGGCGUUUCUGGACACCCUCAUUCCCCAUAUGCCCUCCGAGCUGCCCCUGAGCUCCAGAAGGAUCAGGCUGACCCACUGUGACUUCCAAGCCAAACACCUCGUUCAGCUCUUUUCCCCGACUGUACACCUCAGCAGGAACGGCUUGUCCCUGGAUGCUGCGUUCACUUGGGCCCGGGCCUUCUCUGCUCUGGAGUGGGUCCUCCACGUGGACAUCAGCUUAACGAGCCAGCGUUUCCUCCUGAGAGGGGACAGCAGGCCCAGGGAUACUUUGCCUGGGGGACCGGUACCAGAGUGCCCAGCCAGAGCGCAGAUCUUAGGGCUCUGCCAGCCAUGCAGUCCCAGGACCUUUCGCCUCAGAGAGUGUCAACUGGGACCUUCAAGCCUCAUGUGCCUCUUCGACAUCUUGAAGAAAUGCUCCGGGCCUCUGGAAGUUGAGUUGUCCUGCGAGCCCCUGAGUGACCAGAGCCUAGAGACCCUCCUGGACUGCUCCAGCCGACUGCCCCAGCUGAGCCUGCUGCAACUGAGCCACACGGAACUGGCCCCAACGAGUGCCCUGCUGCUGGCCAAUGUCUUCCACUUGUGCCCCCGGGUGCAGAAGGUGGAGCUCAGGUCCCUGCACCACGUGUCCCUGCACUUCAAGUCCCAAGAGGAGCAGGGAGGUGUGAACUGUGGGUUCCUGAGCUGCGGACUCCUCCCGGAGCACGUGGAGCCCCUGUGCUUGCUGCUGAGCAAGUGUGAAGACGUCAGUCAGCUGGCCCUCUCAGGAAAUCUGCUGGGUGACGAGGGGUUCAAGAGGCUCCUGGAAGGUCUGCCUCGGGUGCCCAUCUCCGGUGUGCUUGAUCUGGGCACCGAGCACAGCUUCCGGAUCUACUUCUCCAAGCAGGAGGAGGCCAGGAAAGUACUGAGGCUAAACGGAUGCAGCGUCCUGCCGGAGCAUGUACCCAGACUGGCCAGUGGCCUCAGCCAGGCCCCCCAGCUGACAGAGCUCACACUGACCAGAUGUGGCCUGGACCUGGGGCAGCUGACCGUCCUCCUGAGCCUGGUGCGGCGGCCAGCAGGGCUGCUCUGCCUCCAGGUGGAGGAGCCGUGGGUUCGCAGAGCCGGGCUGUCCACGCUGCUGAAUGCCAGUGCCCAGGCCUCAGGCCACGUCACCCAAGUAAGCAUCUCGGAGACCCAGCAGCGGCUCUGUGUCCAGCUGGAAUUCCCCUGUCCAGGGGAGAAGCCGGAGGCCAUGGCCCUCAGGCUGGCCCCGUGUGACUUUGGGAACCCCCACAGCCUUCCCGUCAGGGUGCCGAUGGAGACAUAUGCCAGGCUGCGGCGGCUCAGUUUGUCCCAGGUGAACCUUUCUGAUGCCAGCUUCCUGCUGUCCCUCUCGGAGCUGAAGACAUUCCGGCUGACCUCCAGCUAUGUGAGCAUCGAGGGUCUCACUCACCUGGCAUCUGGCCUGAGCCACUGUCAGGACCUUGAGGAACUGGACUUGUCCAACAAUUCGUUCAGCGAGGAGGGUACCCGGGAGCUGGUGAAGACCCUUGCUGGGAAGUGGAGGCUGAAGAGACUUGACCUCAGCCAUCUUCCACUGGGCAGCUGGUCCCUGGACAUACUCACCAAAGGACUACGCCACAUGGUCCUCCUGAAGAGCCUCACCCUCAGCGAGAACCGCAUCAACGAUGUCGGCUGCCGCGACCUUGCUGAAGCCCUCAGAGGGGCCACCAAUUUGGAAGACUUGGGCCUGAGCCACAACCGGAUUGGAGAGGCUGGUGCCCAGCACUUAGCUGCUGUCCUGCCGAAGCUGCCGCAGCUCAGGGCGAUCGACCUCUCAGGGAAUGGCAUUGGCCUGGUGGGGGGAAGGCAGCUGGCGGAGUCUCUCAGCCUCUGUAGGAGCCUGGAGGAACUGAGGCUUGGGACCAAUGCCCUGGGAGACCUCACAAUCUGCAUGCUGGCCCGAGGGCUGCCCCCACACCUCAGGGCCCUGUGCCUGUCCUCCAGCUGCCUGAGCCCAGAAGGGGUACUGCCCCUUGGCCAGGCCCUGGAUGGAUGUCCGCACAUGGAAGAGAUCAGCCUGGCUGAGAACACCCUGGGCCAAGGGCUUUCGUGGUUCUCCAAGGGGUUCCCGCUGCUCCGGCAAAUUGACCUGAUUUCCUGUAAGAUCGACAACCAGGCUGCCAAGCCCCUGGCUGCUGGCUUCCUGCUCUGCCCAGCCCUGGAAGAGAUCCUUGUCUGUCUCCAUGUCCACAGCCUUUGGAGCAACCCCAUCCCUCCGACCAUAGCCCAGCACCUGCAGAGCCAGGAACCCAGGCUGGACUUCGCCUUCUUCGAAGAUCGCUCCCGAGCCCCUUCACCGCCCCUGCAAGACCCCAGAGAUCCAGCCAAGUGAUGUCAGCUCCCACCCACCUGGGCCAAGGGCUUCAGACACCCUACAGCUGGUGGCCCGGCUCCUGUCCCAUGAGGGAAGAGGGACAGCUGUGCCAGGGGACACGAGGGCCCUGAGCCACACACGCUGUGCUACUACUAGUGGGGACAGCUGGCACGGUGUGAGUGUGGUGCUUAAGGAGCCGGCUCCUACCACCGUACCUGGAGGGACACACAAGCCGUGGUCCCACACAUGUGACACGUGACACGUGACACACUCAGUAGCCCUGGUGGCUCAGCACUUAAGCAUUCCGUUAAGACAAUGAUUCCAACUCACCGGCUGCUCCGUGGCAGAAAGGUGGGCAGUCUGCUUCUGCAGCGAGUGGGGCCUCAGGACCCCGUGGAGUCAGAACGGACUGGGCCACGCACCGCAGCGCAGCAUGUGACAACGGCCCUGUCCCACGGCACAUAGCUAGCCAGCUGUCUUCAGGCUGGUCCAAGAUCUAAUUUAUUACUUAUUUUAUAUUUAGAAACCAAGCAAUGUAUUUAUAGAUGGCAUUUCCAGAAGAGCCAAACCAUGUAAAGUCUUCCACUGGGGGGCUGGGAAGGAGAGUGUCCAAGCACUGACCGGAAGCUCAGCCUCAGAGCUUCUGGAUGCUUCUCUUCCUGGCCCAGCCUCCGUUCCCCCCUCUGGAAACUGGAGGUCCCCUGCUCCUGCUGGGCCGAAGUGCAGGUGGAGCCAGCCUGACUUUGGGAGUGGACAGGCUCGGGGGUCCCAGGGGUGAGAGGCCUGGACCCUGGGUCCAGCCACUACCUCGUGCUCUUUGUUAGGACCCAAGCACAGCCCACACUUUAUGCUGAGUGUGAGGAAUAAACAGGGUGGUCUUCCA